AGGUGUUGCAUUUAUCCGUUAUAUAAGCAGUGAUGAAAGUGUAAAAUAAAAGAGGAAUCUCUCCGCCUUCCUAGGCGUGUAAAAGUUAAUGGAUUUGAUGUGGUGCAGUAAGUGGAAGAGAUGAUAUGAUGGUGCUGGCGAAAGAGUGAAAAGAAAGAAAGUGUUAGAUGGAAAAAAAUAUGGUCACAGUCAGAAUCGUAGCAAACGAAGUCGUAAUCGGGUGUUGUGCGCGUUCGUAUACGGCGCAUUGAGUUGUGUGUACGUCAAAAAUAACACAGAAAAGAAGUUCUUUUCCGAUUUACUAGCAAUGGUAGUGCUGUGAAUAAAAGCGAUAAUAAGCAGGAAUGGUCGCAAAAGUUUGAUAACAAAAUAAGUGCAUGGAGGAAAUCACUCGUUUUUAAAGCAACUAAUAUUUUGUCGGAUCGUUCCGACGCGGGGGAGUGUAGUGUCCGUGAAGUGUAGCUUGCGCGGCCAAACGGGGGCAUAGCAGACCAAAAUACCAAAUGGAAUGAGCAGCAUCAAAUUACGACACCGAUCUUUUUGUCGGUCACACGGGAAGUGCAGCGUGCACGAGAGCUCGAUAAAAAAAACAACCUACAGGCUCAAAACCCUCAGAUGCCGAUAACCGAAUGGUGUUACCAUCUUAAGCACCAGUCGGAUAGUCGUGUAACAGCGUUCGCGUUAAAUCAAUUGUAAAUAUAAAAGGAAACACAUCACCACACAAAAUGGCUACAAGUCCCGGUUCAGAUAAUAACUGCAACAUCUACAUGCCACCGUUGGGUUGCUCGGUGGCGUCCUCGCAUGACUUCAGUGAUUACCAAUGGUUUACGGACUUUGGAAGUUAUCGCGACGGAAUGGCCACUCACCAAAGCAUCCUGUCGGUGCUGUCCGCAUCGUAUAAUGGAAUCGGCGAGCUGUCGUUCUACGAGAAGAUGGCGAAGGACAUCGACGCCAAUCUGGCCGAGAUCGAUAUGGAGAACUUCCGCACCGAAGAUAUCCACUCACUGCUGACGGCCAUUCCGUCUCAGCUGAAGUCGGACCCGGAGCGCAAGACGCGCAACAACAAUCGCAUCUUCUCGGCGGUCACCGGUGCUACGGCGGCAGGCCUGAUAGCGGCCGACAUGAUGGACAAUUCCAUCUGCAAAUCGGAGCUCCUGUUUUCGCCGGUGAAGGAGUCGCACAUCAGCGUCGAUUCGCUGGAUAUGGAAGGAUAUCCGGACGAAGAGGACAUAAUACUGACGUGCCAGGCAAACAAGGACAACUAUACGAUCGCGUUCGAGCAGAGUGUACUGUAUUCAGAUGAAAGUUAUUAUGAUGGACCGGAGAACUAUGGAAAGUACAAGCGUAUGAAUUUGCUUAACAAUAUACAAAAUCGUAGCCCCUUCAUCAAACAACAGCAAGAUUCCUUAUCCCGAUCGGAGGUCGGCUAUACGACCUGGAGCAAACUGAAGCGAAACGCUCCUGUGCAGAGGACGCCGAUCGUAAUGAAUCCGCUAAUUAGUCAUAUAUCACGGCAUGCUCGGACCUGCUUCGUGCGCAAGAGUCUCAGCAUGCCGAACCUGCAGUCGAACCAAACAAACGCAAACCAACCGCCGCAUCAUCCUCCAAUCGGACAGCAUCCGCUCAAUGUGUCCCAGGCACCGGCUGCCAGCCACAAUUCGGCCGAAUCAUUCGAUCGUCCGAUGGAAAUGCGUACAUUAUUGCCGAUGUACACACUUCCGACGGAUUCGGAGAACGAAAGCAGCACCAACGGUAACGAAGGGUCACUGGGCGAUGGUCGACAUGACGAUGGCCAAUGCGACCGUAACCAACAUCUUGCCAACGAACGCCAGCAACAGCAGCAGCAGCAGCAACAGCAGCAGCAACAGCCGCAACAGCAGCCCCAAUCGCAACAGCAACCAUCGUUUAAUUUGGUAAAGCUGUUUAUUAAACAAAAGAGCAGCUCGACCGAUACCUGCAUGGACGUAUCGUCCGGCUGUUGGCCCAGUGAUAGCACCAACAGUGGUGCCUCGGGAGAUCACCAAAGCCACCAUCUGGGUGUUGCUACUGGGGUGGCCGGUAUUGCACCGCCGUUACGCUGCAGGAAGAAAAGUAUGCAAGACUCGGGCAAAUGCUCUUCCACCAUGGGUGGCGCCGCCGGCGUGAGACACGGUUGCGACGACGAAGAGUUCCAGCUGGACAGUUUGGAUGCACAAAUAAAUAACAAUAACAACAACGGGAGCCAUGGCGAUGACGAAGAGGAAGAGGAGGAAUUCGAAGGCGGAGGUCCUCCUGCGUCACCAGGAAAGGCCCACGGAGGUGUUGGCGUGACGGGACAGAUGAAGUUGAACGAUUUCAACCGACAAGUGCACUGCUCCCCAAGACGACAGUACAAGGGCUACAACAUGAAUAUAGGUGGUGGUGGCAGGGGGAAUCAGAGGAUGAAGAAUCCGGCUGUUCAUGGAUUGCUGCACAACCACAAUGGGAGCAGCAGUACCGGGACGGCCAGCCCGCUGAACAGCAGUAGCAGUAUUAACAAUAAUAAUCAUAAUGUAAACAACAACAAUAGCUUCAAAGACACCAACAGCGAUACGAGUCGCACGUCGGAGAACCUAACCCAGAUAUUCAAUCACAGUGGAAACAAUAACACUACCGCGAACGCGGCUAGCGGCGGCAGCGCCAGUUCGAAGACAAGGAUCCCGAUCGAUAUGAUCACAAAAUCGAUGCAGACGUCGCUGAUAGGAACACCCUCGGCAGUGGGCGCUGGAGCCGGCGGUAGGGAGAAGGUGCGCGUUAUCCCGCCCUCAUUCCUCGACCGGUUGAACGAGCUCGGCGACAAGCAAAAGGCACCGGUGUUUGUGGUGUACCCUAACUAUGUGCUUCCGGAUUUGGGCUUCUUGAAGGCGCAGAAUGAGGUCGUCAUUUCACCGCUCUCGUUUAAGGAAACGAUGAAAGGCACUGCUCGGCCGCUGAAAAAGGCCCGGCCGGUAUCAAUGAACGACAUCGAGACGAUUCGGCAGCGCGAGUAUAAGCACGUUAUGGACUGGAAAUCGCUCCUAACCCUGCUGCCGACAGACUAUCGCAAACUAUUGCGCCAUAUUCCCGAAGUGAGCGAGCUGAGCAUCUCGACCGAAAAACAGCCUAUGUUUUGCAUGACCCCUCCGUUGCGCCGGGGUGUGCCACGUGGCGUUAACUGUGAUUGUAUGAACCUGCUUCACCAGAAUACGCAAACUUGCACCAACAGCUCGAGCUCGGGGGGCAGCUCCAGUGCGGCACCAAGCUCCGGAUACCGGGGAUCGUCUACGAUCCUUACGACCGACUCAGAGAUGGAUGGGAUCUUGGGCCCAUCGAAUAGUAGUAACACGUUCACCAACAAUCUGUACGUUUACCAGUACGAUAGUCCGGCUGAGGUGUUGGCAUCCUGCGAGAGGCCCCCAUCGGGCCGGGCUGGAGUCGGAGGGGUACCCAAGAGCAUUCUCCGACGUCCGGCGGGUUCGGCGCGUGGGGCUUCCAACAACAACAACAACCACAACAGCAACCAGGUCAACAUGAAGGCCAAACGCAGCAGUAUGUUCGAAGAGCAGCAAUUGCCACACUAUCCGCAGGGUGCGCGGGAGAAACGUCGAUCGCUACAAGAGCACCAUUCGUACAAUUUCUACGAAGAUGCCGAGGAGCAGGAAGCGCAGGAAGAAUUGAUGCACCCCGUCGACCACAAACUCCACAACUCCCCCAACAUGACACCUCAUCCCAGGUUGGCCAACACUCCCAAGCUACCAUCAGCGGACCAUUACCACAAACUCAAUAAGCUGGUGGAAAUGAGCGAAAGAGAACUAGCGGCAACAACCGCAGGCCAUUUGGCGGACGAAGACUCGGAAGCUAGGGCCCGUGCCGAACAGUUCCUCUCGCACGUACCGAAGUCGGAACUGAAGCAUUAUGCCGAAAUUGCACACAUCCUCGAGUCGACCGAGACGGUUGAAUCCGUCGAGCCACCGUACGAUCGGACGAGGCUUAGAAACGAGGUUAGUCGCGCACUGUCACAGCGUCGUAACGUUACCUUCACCCAGCAGCAACAACAAAUCCAACAGCAGCAGCAAUCGUCGCCUUCCAUUCCUGCCGGAACGAACACGACGCCUGUUCGGCAACCGGCUUCCGCCACCGGCUUGCUGCGACCUACGGAGAUCAAGUUUUCCACGCCACCAAACUCGCCGAACAUGUCGGUAACGGUGAUGAAACAACAGCAGGGACCCACACCGACCGGUGCGAUUGCGGAUAAGAAACCGCCCCUCGCCCAACGAACGCCGUCGUCGGCCGGAUCGCCGUCCUCCGGCACAACGGAAAGGGAGAAGCAGGACAAGAUACAGACGAACCGGUUCAAGCGGUUACAGAUACAGUGGGAACUUUUAAGCCAGGAAGCGAGCACUCGGGCUGCUUGCGAGAGUCAGCGGAAGGAGAUUCGCAGCGGUGGCAAUACCCCAACUGGUGGUAACAGUGCUUCCAAAUCUCGGAUUCCGCGCCCUGUAAGCUACCCUACAACAAGAACCAACUCCGAUCCGGUAGUAAGCAAAACACUUAAAUCGCCCAGUCGUAUUGUACCGCCAAGAAAAUACGCUGCAGCACCUUCUCCAGCUACCACACCACCAACGCCUGCACCCCGCACACCCAAUAAAACGUUCAGCAACACAACUCCCAAGAAGGUGUCCUCGGUUCCCUCUCGCCCCGCAACUCGCACACGCAUUCCGCUUGGGAGCCGAAUCAAAAGAAUACCGGCCACAUAACACAACGGUAAAACAAAGGGCGGCAUUAAAAUGCGAAGUGGAAGCAAUCUAGGCAAAUAAUUGCAACUCUAGCAGAUUUUAGUCGGGAUGGGAGUGUAUACUAGCCUAGCCUUACGUUGUACGAUAUUUAUCGUACAGCAACGUGUGAAGCAAGUUGAUCCGCGCCUCAUAAAUCUUAUUUAUUGCGAAACCCUCCCGUCGGUGGAUGAAGCCAGAUGGUUUCUAUUUUCUACAAUGAGUGCGAAUACUACAACCUUAGAUAUUUUAUUGUCGGCUAUGCCUACCUACAAUAGAGAGUAGGCAAAUAAUGCAUCCUGGGCAUUAUAAGAACGUGUAUGCUCGAAUGUGCAAAAUGUUGCACUAGUGUACGAAUCCAUAACAGUCACUUGUUAUCAUACUUCAAAUCAUAUCAUGUACCCGUAACGUCAGCGCGAAAUUCCGACCGAUAAUGUGAGUGACUUGCACAGCGCAGCGUGUGUGUAGAUAUGGGAAGGUAAAAGUGGUGUAGUCUCCUGUGCAGCAUGGAACGGGAAACCAUAUUGUGCUGUCGGAGCGUUACGGAGGCAUGGUUAUACACGAAUAUAAUCGCUGUCGUACAUGCUUCGUUUUAAGUUGAGUGCCUCCGCUUGCAUAACAUGUAAACCUUUGCAUUGCUUGCUUGGAUAAGAUAUUUCCGCUAAACCCGCUAAGGUGUGAUAUAGUCAGCAGUUUGAAUGUACGGCGCCUCCUCUGGGUAGCAAACUGUAGGGGUUUAUUCACUUCACUAAAGAAGCGUUUCUUUUUCCUUUGCAAAAUUGCUUCCGAAAGGUCAGUAACGGUGACAACGCAAAAGAAUCAUUAGCGGCGUAUAAUUUCCUGAUUUGCUGCUCACCGAGUCGGCUUCAGAAUAGCUUAAAGGAUAAUGAUAAUGAAACAAUACUCAUUACACUGUACUAAUCAAUGCAUAUAAUAUCUCUAGUACAUAUUGAACACAGUUGCAGGUGUUAGGCUAUAAUAGUGGCAGAAAGUGUUAAAGAUAAUGAUUCGUUUAACAUUAGCAUGUACAGGCAAUAUCAGCUAGAAAAAUGUAUAUUUUGACACUAUUUUUUUCAAUUAGAUCUAACCGAGGAUUUGCUCUACCAGAUUUGUAAGCAUAUUUAGGUUCGUCA